AUGGCUUACAGACAAGUAAUAGCAGGUAGAGAUAGACUUAAUCUCUUACAUAGGCUACAGUUGUCUCCACAGUCCAAGACACCAGACACUGUGCUGGAAUGGACUGAGCUUGAUAUAAGAAGUGCUGGUAUAGACAACCUACCAGAGUCCAUUGACAGGUGCAGAAAUGUUAAGGAGAUAUAUGCAGCAUUCAACAGGUUAUCUUUACCACAGUCCAUAUCCAACCUGCCACACCUCACAGUGUUGGAACUAUCUGUCAAUGCCUUCACUACAUUCCCAAUAGCACUGUGUGACUUGACUAACCUAGAGAAGUUGUACCUGGGUAACAACAAGCUAUCUGACAUACCAGUGGAUAUCACCAGGAUGAAGGGGCUUAGAGAAUUCUGGCUCAGUCACAAUGCUUUCACUACAUUCCCCAUGGCACUGUGUGGCUUGACUAACCUAGAGGAGCUGUACCUGUCAAACAACCAGCUAUCUGACAUACCAGUGGAUAUCACCAAGAUGAAGGGGCUUAAAGUAUUCGACCUCAGUAGCAAUGCUUUCACUACAUUCCCCAUAGCACUGUGUGGCUUGACUAACCUAGAGCAGCUGGAAAUGGGUGACAACCAGCUAUCUGACAUACCAGUGGAUAUCACAAAGUUGACUGAACUUAAGAGUCUUAGCCUGUAUAACAAUAAAAUCACCCACCUGCCACCUCAGAUGAGGAACAUGGGAAAUCUAACAGAACUAGAUGUGGCAAAUAAUCCCCUUGUACAACCACCUAUACAAACUGCCAACAGGGGACUACAUGCCAUCAAGAGGUAUUUACAGGCUUUAACUGACACCAAGGCAAUUCAGUCAAGUAGAAUACAGGUCAGCUUUCUUGGUGAAACAGAAGCAGGAAAAACUAGCAUUUCACGUACACUGCAACUUGGACAGCCUGCCCUCACAAAGAAGGCAGACAGGACAAGAGUGGUGGAGCAGGGAGCAUGGGAGGCUGACCAGGAUAUUUCCUUCAAUAUCAAUGACUUUGGUGGACAUGAUGUCUAUAAAAUAGGUCAUCCUUUUUUAUAUCCAAACAUGGUUUGA